AUGGAACCGUCUAAGGAGGCUAUAGCCGUUCGCAUUACACGAUUAAACAGACAGAUUAUUGGUAAGGUGACCGGUGGGACUAGUAAACUCAGUAGGAAAAUUGACCGUGAGACGUUAUUGGAUGCUUUAACUGUUUUAUACGAUGAGUGUAAUGAAGAUCCUGUUAAGAAGUGCGAUGAACUUGUACGGAUUUUCUUAGACAAGUAUCGAAGUACUUUAGCGGAUUUGAAAAGAGCUCGUGUUAGUAUUUCUGAUUUUGAGCUAAUACAUAUAAUUGGUCGUGGGCACUAUGGAGAAGUACAUAUGGUACGUGAAAAACAAACAUCUGAUGUGUAUGCACUUAAAAGUAUCAGAAAGGAUCAAGCUCGAAAGCGUGUGUCAGGUGCAGAAGAUGAGAGAGACAUUCUAGCUAAUGCUGCAGGAUGCUGGAUACCACGCUUGCAAUAUGCUUUUCAGGAUGCCACGAAUUUAUACCUUGUUAUGGAGUUAUGUAAUGGUGGGGACUUGGCUGGUUUGCUGGCUCGUCGUAAUAACCCACUAUCAGAACGCGAUGCCGCCUUCUAUAUAGCUGAAGUAGCGCACGCACUCAAAACUCUUCACGGUAUGGGCUACGUGCACAGAGACGUUAAGCCACAAAAUAUUUUGUUAGACAGAUGCGGUCAUGUGAAGCUAGCAGAUUUCGGGUCGUGUGCUCGUCUCUCGGAGGGAGGUUGCGUGACUGGUGCCACCGCUGACUACGUGGCCCCUGAGCUGCUGGGAGACUGCUCCGGCGCGCACACUGUGUGUCUAGAAUACUGCCGCCGGGUUAACACUGCCAUUUCCGCUUGCGAUUACUGGUCAUUGGGCGUGAUUGCAUUCGAACUUGUGACGCUCAACAGGCCAUUUUCUUCAGGAGAUGAUGACUCAACUGCUCAAAUUCUUAGCAACAUUCAAAAGUACGAACGCGACCCGAGUGCCGAGCCACCUUUCGAGGCUCCACCCGGCGGUCCAUCGAGCACGUGGCGAGGCCUGGUGGCGGGGUUGCUGUGUGUGGCGCCCGCGCGCCGCUUCAACUACCUCGACACGCUGCAGCACGCCGCGCUCGCGCACCUCGCGCUGCACGCCAUUCGCGACCAGGUACCUCCGUGGGUGCCACACAUUCGAGGUCCCGAAGACACUUCAUAUUUGGCCAGUCCCGUGCGUGAAGUAGCACCCCCUUCCGCUGCCCCUUUUCGAACUCGUCCACCUUUUGCUGGACACUUGCCAUUCGUUGGUUACUCAUAUGUAUCAAUAGAGGAAAAUGAAGAUAAAAGCAGCGGCUUUAACGCUUCACACGACUGCACAGCUAUCGAUCUAGCAACUUUCAAAUCGGCGGAGAAGCUGGCGGCGCUGCGCGCGCGCGAGGUGGCGUCGCUGCAGAGCAAGCUGGCGGCGGCCGAGGCGGCGGCGGGCGCGGCGGCCGAGCGCGCGCGCCGCGACGCCGACGCGCACGCCGAGCGCCUGCGCGCGCGCCUGCAGGCCGAGCUCACCGCGCUCGCCCUGCAGAACAAGCGACUGGAACGUCAGAUAGAAGUGGAAAAAGAGGAGCGUAUGGCUCUGCAGCGGACCAACCAGGAAUUAAGCUGCGGAGUGGCGGAGCGGAAUGGGGCUGAGCUGAGGGCGGCUCAGGCGCGCGCCAGGGACCUGCAGGCGGAGAGAGACCUGCUGAAGGAGGAGUGCGCGCGGGCCGAGGCCAGGGUGCGCGGCCUGCAGGCCGAGUGCUCCAGCGCGCAGGCGGCCACCGAGGCGGCGCGCGCGCAGCAGAAGCACUACAAGGAUAUCAUUCAGAAUGUUCAAGAUUUACGGCACAGGUGGCUCACUGAAAUUAAUGUGAAACCAAUUGAAACGGUGGCUAAAGAGCGUGCCCUACGUCGUCAAACACUCAGCGGUGGGGACAUAGACGCUCGGCUGGCCGCUGCCGAAGCGACGGCGGCCAGAGAGCUGCGAGCCCGCCGUGACGCCGAUGAGCGCCUCGCUACCUCGGAGCGAGAGGUUCUGCGACUGCGCGCUCACGCAGACGACCUCUCCGACCGACUGGCCGCUGCUCAGGAUUCGAUAGCAGAAAAGGAACGCCUAGUCUGUACAACUAAUCAACAACUGAACGAGGCUCAAGUGCAAUUGGCGCAAGAGCGCAUGCGUGUGACCACCUUGACAGCGCAAGUACAGGAGUUGGAGCGCGGCGUGAGCGCGGCGGGCGCCCGCGAGGCGGCGCUGGAGGAGCAGUGCGCGCGCACCGAGGCGCGGCUCGUGCAGAGGCUCGAGGCGGCCGAGGCGCGCGCCGCGGCCGCGCUGCACGACGACGCGCGCCACCGCGAGAAGGUGACGAGCUUGGAGCAACUGGUCCGACAGCUGGAGCGCGAAGUGAGCGCGCUAGAGAACCGGACGUGUACGCGUUGUGCUAGCAGGGAGGCGGAGCGCGCCGUGUCCGGUGGCACAGCGGCCGUGUCCAGUGGCACCAACACGGACGACGCGGAGCUGGACGCGCGCAGCGACACGGAGAGCGUGUCCGACGCACACCUGCAGGCGCAGGUGACGCUGCUGAAGGAGCAGCUCGAGCGCGCAGAGGCUCAGCUCCAGGCUCGCGCUGAUGAAUUAGCAGCGCUGCGUCAAGAAGCGAGAGCUGCCAAUUUAGCUAGAUGGCGCAAGGAGAAAGAAUAUAACGAUCUAUCUCUAGACGCUAAAGUGACAGCUCGAGACUUAAAGAAACUUGAGGAGCGACUCGCAUCGGCCGUAGAGGCGCGUAAGUCGGCGGAAGAUAAGGCUCGCUUAGUGCACAGAGAGAUCACAACCUUGAAACCACAGUAUGAACAGUUGAAGAAAGAGUCGCAGAUGUAUAAAGAACAGCUGGAGAAGUUGCAGAAAACCAAUGAAAUAUUACAAGCAGAAGUCGAUAGGUCGCGCAACGACAUCCGCAAGCUGAAGAGCGAGCUGCAGUACAGCGAGAAGCGGCGCCUGCACGCCGAGGAGCAGGAGGAGCUGUCGGCCCGCGAGCGCGCCCAGCUGCGCGACGAGGUGCAGCCCCUGCGGGCGCGGACCGGCGAGCUCGACCAGAAUAAUAAAGCUCUUCAAGAGACGUGUGCUCUACUGGAAGAGCAACUUACUGAUCUCGAGAAGUUAACGGACUUGCAUGAGAUGAAGAACCAGGAUCUUGAGAACGAGGCGACGCGUCUGCGCUCAGAAUUAGAGGCGACACGCACGAAGCUUUCGGAAGUCGAGCGUCAGGCCACUGCUGCGACUACGACUGCGGAGCUUUCUGACCAGCGGGCCGCUGACGUGGCCGAGCAGUUGCGACUCGCCACCUCACAGCUGGAUGUUAUGCGCGAGCGGCUCGAGAACCGCGACCGCCUAGUGGAAGAGUUGGAAGCACGCAUUGGUACACUUGAAGGCGAGGCGGCGACAUCAGAGGCGGCUUUGAGCGGCGCGGCGAGGCGCUUGCGGGAACUGCAGGAGGAGGCGGCGACACUGCGCACGCGCGCCCACGCGCACCACGAGCGCGCCUUGCAGCUGCAGGCCGCGCUGGCCGACGCGCAGGAGGAGGCGGAGGCGGCGCGCGAGGCCCACGAGGCGGCGACGGCGUGGUGGCGCACGCGCGAGACCAAGGCCGACGCAACGCUGCGGCAGCAGGCCAAGCUGAUCGACUUCCUGCAGGCUAAAGUGGAGGAAGCGGGUCGUAAAAAGUGUUCGCUGAGUAACAAGCUAUUCGGGCGGUCGGGGCGCCGCGCGGCCGCCUCGCCGCCGCUGCUCCGGGUCAACAGGGAAUUACGCGAAGAAGUGGAACGUUUGAGGGCCAAGCUCGCUGCUGCAAAUGCUAAUAGCGAUGUAAAUUUCCCGCCGACGCCGAGACGAGAUCGAAAAAAUAAUAAACCAAAGAAAAUUGUAAAUGGAUCUCAAAACUUAAACACUUCGGAGGGAAAUGAUGACACCCUACUUGUUAUCUGGGCGGAUGGGUCCCGCGAGCGAGUUCAGGCGCGCUGCAGUUCCCGGGAGCUGGUGCUGGGCGCGGGCGACGGGGCCGUGCGAGCUCGUCUACUGGCGGAGCGGGCGCGCGGCCUGCCGCACAACGAGGCCAACCGCGCCUUCACCGUGAAGUUAGAGUACAGCGACCGCGGCACGGAGGCAGCGAUCGUUUGUUCGAGUAUCGCUGAGCGUUCGCGCUGGAUUUCGCUACUCACUCCCGCAACUGACUCUGUGGGCUUCAACCCGCCUACUCUGCUGCAGUGUCAGUCGCAACCGACUAGCGCACUCUACAUUGCACCCGACACACUCGCCAUAGGUUGCCCGGACGGGCUGCAGUCGCUGCGCGGGCCGGUGCGGCUGCAGUGGGCGGGCGGCGUGGCCUCGCUGUGCGCGGCGGGCGGGCGCGCGCUGCUGGCGCUCGGCGGCUCGCUCGCGCACGCGCCGCUGGCCGCGCUGGCGUCGGCGCUGCGCCGCGCCUGCGCGCUGCGGCCCGCGCUGCAGCUGGCGCGCGUGCCGCUGCCGGGCGCCGCGCCGCCGCGCCUCGUGCGGGUCACUGACGGACUCUGUGCGGCGGUCGCGUGUGGACGACGUGUCUUUCUGCUUCGGUAUGACGCCGCGACCGCAGAGUUCAAGAUAGCUAGGUCUCUUACUGUCGACCGACCGCCGUAUGCACUUCUCCUCACAAGCCAAACAUUGUAUAUUUCUGGAGAAAAACCCCUCAAAGUGAAACUGCCUUCUGGCUCCCUAGAAUCAUUUGCAAUGGAUGAACCGAUAGUAAAUGCUGCCUUCAAACGACAAUCUCCACCUCUAGCGAUAUUGUUGAUCCGAAGUAGACCAGUUGAAAUUCUAUUAUGCUAUGCAGAGUGUGGUGUAUUCGUCGAUGAAAGUGGCAGACGAACACGAAACGAAGAUCCGAAGUGGAGCUCCGCGGUGCACGGUUGGGAGUUCGUUAAUCCAUUCUUGUACGCCAUCGGAGAGAACAAAAUCACAAUAAUAUACAUUAACGACGAAACAUAUCGAGCGCCUCCGUGCACUUGUGACUCUGCUUCCAUGACAUCCAGCGCUUCGGAAUGCUACCAACCCGAAAUCUUCAACUACAAAUUAAACGAUCCUCAUUUACUGGGCACUACUCCCAACGGCAUUGUUAUUCGAUCAAAAAUCGACGACGAAUAUAGAGUUUCAAUCCUAGAAGGCAUGGCGGCAUUCAGAAGUAUUGGCGCCUCUCUGGAAUCGUUGAACACAGUCUCGGACUCGAAAGGUUCUUCAUCAGAUUUGGCGCAAUCUCUCAGUGACAUAUCGCCGCAGGACGAUUCGCAGGAGAGUGUAGAACUAACGACUGGUUUUCUGGCGGAUAUAAGAAAUAGAGCGCGGCAGUUGCGUAUGAAAAAUCGUCGAGAAUCAACCCCGGAUGACGUCAUAAAAGAAAUUUUAACUACCGAAGUCGGCUUAAAACGCACUUCGAACGGUAGAAAAUCUCCUGCAAUUGUUUCUGAAUGUGAGACUGACACUGACCCCGACAGUGACGACGGGACCGGCUCCACGAAGUGCACAGCGGACGUGUGCGCUGAAAUGUUUACGAGGCAGGUUCGUUUUCAGUAA